AUGAACGGGUUUGUCGAGGAGCAGGCACGGCAAGAACGGCAGGGAAAGGAAGCAGGGGGGGGCUCGAUCCCGGGCCAAGACCCGCCAGUGAAGUGCUUAUGGAGUCGAUUGACCAACAAGGAAUUGGUCGGGCGACGGAGCCAAUCGCCAGGAGCAAAUGCCACGUUACGCGUCCAAAAGCAGCAUCCGGAAGCCGCGAGGGCGCGUGGCCAAGGAGGGCGGCACCACGGCGGCUAG